UUAAUGUUCUCCCUAGUACCGCUAUCAGCUUGAAUUUUUCCCAAUCAAACCUCACUGUCGCAUUUGAAUCCAUCCAGUUUGAUGCUCAUAACUCUCUCGCAAUGGCAAAGAAACCGGUUAUUGGCCUUUUAGGCGGUGGGCAGCUGGGGCGGAUGCUCCAGGAACAAGCCAUGCUGCUCGGCAUUGAGAUCGUGGUGCUCGACGAAGACAACUGCCCUACACGGCAGAUAAACUACAACCACAAGCACGUCACAGGUUCCUUCAAGGAUCCGGAAAGGAUCCGCGAGCUCGCCAGGAGUUGCGACGUUCUCACAGUCGAGAUCGAGCAUGUCAACACCGAGGUCCUGGAAGAGAUCGCCACCAAGGGUGUCGAGGUUGGUGGCCAGAUGAAGAAAGUGCCCGUGCAUCCGUCGUGGGAAACCCUGCGCCUGAUCCAGGACAAGUACCUCCAGAAGGAGCAUUUUGGAAAGGCAGGCAUGCCUAUUGCGCCGCAAAUGUCCAUCGACUCUGGGCCAUCUAUGCUGGACUCGCUACAGAAAGCUGCCAAGACAUUCGGAUUUCCGUUCAUGCUAAAGGCCCGAAAGGGGUCCUAUGAUGGCCGCGGUAACUUUAAAGUAAGCGGCGGAGCGGAUUUUGAGGAGGCGAUUUGCGAUAUGGGGAAGCUGUCCCUUUACGCUGAAAAGUUUAUGCCCUUUAAACAUGAGCUGGCUGUCAUGGUUUUAAGAACGGAGGACGACGAGGGUAAACUGAAGGAUGUCUAUGCUUAUCCAGCAGUCAAGACUGUCCAUGAGGACAGCAUCUGCACCAAGGUCUUCUACCCUCCGCCACAAGUGCCAACAGACGUAUGUGAGAAGGCAAGGAAGGUGGCUUCCGAUGUUAUUCGGACGCUAAAGGGUAGAGGUGUCUUUGCUGUUGAGAUGUUCCUCUUGGAAGAUGAUAAACUGGUGAUUAAUGAGGUUGCUCCAAGACCUCACAACUCCGGCCACUACACAAUCGAAGCUGUGCCAUCUAUGUCCCAGUAUAGAGCACAGCUUUACUCUAUACUCGACAUUGUCCCUGCUUCUAUCAAUCUGCAGCCUCGGGUAUCAGGCGCGAUUAUGCUGAACAUACUGGGCGGUGCUCAGGAGGACUCUCAUGACUCGCUCGUCGAUCUGACCCAUUCGCUCUACAAUGAUGACAUGGACAUCUUCCUGCACCUGUACGGCAAAUCUUCUAAGCCUGGCCGCAAGAUCGGGCAUAUCACUGUCACCUCCUACUCUCCUGAUACGAAUCUCGAACAACUGGCAGGCCCCCUGAUCAAGGAGGUCGACCACAUCCGCCAGGACCGCCUCGAUGCUGCCUCAGCUCAGUUACGUCCCAACGCUCCUGCAACCUCUCAAGCGACCUCUUCAACCUCAUCCCGUGACACCAAGAACCCCCUGGUAGUUGUCACAAUGGGCUCCGACUCGGACCUCCACGUGCUCAAGGGCGCAUUCGAGAUUCUCGAGCACUUCGGCGUGCCCUACGACUUCACCAUCACCUCGGCCCACCGGACGCCCCACACCAUGAGCGAGCUGGCCAAGUCCGCCGCGGGGCGGGGCAUCCGCGCCAUCAUCGCGGCGGCCGGCGGCGCGGCGGCGCUCCCCGGCAUGCUCGCCUCGGAGACGACGGUGCCCGUCAUCGGCGUGCCCGUCAAGGCGACGCACCUCGACGGCAACGACAGCCUCCUGAGCAUCGUGCAGAUGCCGCGCGGCUGCCCCGUCGCGACGGUGGGCAUCAACAACUCGACAAACGCUGCCCUGCUGGCCGUCCGCAUCCUGGGGUCUAGCGAUGCGGGGUACAGGCAGGCGAUGGCGGACUACAUGCAGGGGAUGAGUGACGAGGUUGAGGUCAAGGCCGCGAGGCUGAAGGAGAUUGGAUGGAAGGCGUAUCUGGAGAAGAAGUAAGGAGGUAGGCCGAAGGCCAUUAGCGCAGUGCUGGUGGGUUGUUGGCGAUAAUGGGCCGGGAUGACACCAGCACUCAUUUAGAGCUCUAGAUUCAGACAGACAUUUUGAAUGAUACCAAGGCUGUCUACUGGUAUCCUUACUUGCGAGACACGAUGGUGUAAAGCUCUUUGGGUAAUGUGGAGAGUGUGCGAUUUUUUUUGCAAGUCAGGGGCUUACUAGUCGACGAAGGUGAUGAGGUGGAUGCCUGUGUCUUUGAAGGGUUGGUGAACAAGCUCACGAAUGAAACGAGAGUAACUGGGAGUUACACCUUAAUCUAAGGGCUAUGGAGGCCAGGGGUUUCACCUUCAAUUUGAAGAACUUGUCUCUGCGGGCAGGGGCAUUUGGCUAUUCUGGACAGGGGUUCCGGG